UCGCCAUCUGUCACCGUAGCUUCCGCACCACCGGCCGGUCACCCUUGCCCUGCGUGUCUCCGCGGCGGAGCCUGCUUCUCGCCCUGCCACCUCUCCGCUCCGUUCUUGUCCCUUCCUUCUUUGCCUAAUGGAUCUGGUCGGAGUGGCAUCACCUGAGCCCGGGCCGGCAGCGGCCUGGGGACCCAACAAGUGUCCAUGGGCUACCCCUCAAAACACAAUAUCAUGUUCUUUGGCUGAUGUGAUGAGUGAACAGUUGGCGAAAGAAUUGCAGUUAGAAGAAGAAGCUGCCGCUUUUCCUGAAGUUGUUGUUGCUGAAGGACCAUUUUCUGGAGAAAACAUUGACACUUCCAGUGACCUAAUGCUGGCUCAGAUGCUACAGAUGGAAUUUGACAGAGAAUAUGAUGCACAGCUUAGGCGUGAAGAGAAAAAAUUCAAUGGCGAUAGCAAAGUUUCCAUUUCUUUUGAAAAUUAUCGAAAAGUGCAUCCUUUUGAAGACAGUGAUAGCUCUGAAGAUGAGGUUGACUGGCAGGAUACUCGGGAUGAUCCCUAUAGACCAGCAAAACCAGUCCCUACUCCCAAAAAGGGUUUUAUUGGAAAAGGAAAAGACAUCACUACCAAACAUGAUGAAGUGGUAUGUGGGAGAAAGAAUACAGCAAGAAUGGAAAAUUUUGCACCUGGGUUUCAGGUAGGAGAUGGGAUUGGAAUGGAUUUAAAACUAUCAAACCAUGUUUUCAAUGCUUUAAAACAACAUGCCUACUCAGAAGAACGUCGAAGUGCCCGCCUCCAUGAAAAGAAAGAACAUUCUACUGCGGAAAAGCAGUUGAUCCUUAAGACACGUUUACUUAUGUAUAAGAUGGUCAACUCUGGACUGUUGGAGACAAUCACUGGCUGUAUUAGCACAGGAAAGGAGUCUGUUGUCUUUUUCACGCAUAUGGAGGGAGGUAAAUGAGCAAACAUGUUCCCAUUAUGUGAACAAAAAACUUAGUCUCUUCUCCAGGAUUUGAUGGAUUUACUCAGAAUCAAAGUUAACACCGCAUGGCAAGUAGAGUGAUUAAAAAAGUAGUAUUGUAGAAAGGAGUCAGAUGCCCAACAGCUCUUUUCUCCUAAGUAACCACUAGUGACAGUUUUAAAUUAAUCCUCUAGAAAUGUGCAUGCCUUUAUCCUUUACUUAAAAAAGAGAUUGUAUUCUGCAUUUGAGAUUGUAUU